GAAGAUUUUAAAUUGGAUGAAAAAUAAAGGAGGAGAUUUAUCAAGAAAUGAAUGCAGCUGUGAGGAAUUUUCAGUGGCAUCCAGAAACUUGGCAAUUUUUCACUGGUUUGGCCUUAUGCAAUAUAUUCCCCUCAAGAAAUUGGUAUUGAGCGAUUCGACAUGACUUAAAGGUUCCAAGGUGAGAAUAUUACAAGAACAUGAGCCAAUGAUAUGAGGAUAUGAGGAGAGACAUGAUUGCUUUGGGAUUUGGUGGUGGAUGACAAUUGUAUGGGUUAUGGUUAUGGAUGAAUGGAAAACAAUGAUUUAAAUAAGCAACCCAAACUACUUUAGUUUAGAUUCAAGCUUGUUGUAGUAAGUUAAGGUACUACUUUUCCGGUCUAUUCUGAGGAUGAUCGACGACGAAGAAGCCUCACACGAAGAAGACUCACAGCCGAAGACGAAGAAGGACCUUGGGAUUGUUCCACCCUUUUCUGUCAUCACGAGAUUACUUUUACAACAGGAUCAAAGCAUGAUGGCCUCAGCUAGAUUGAAGGUGAUUGAAAUGUUGAAUAUCUGUAUUAUGUCCAGUAUCAGUUUGGGAGCUGUGGAUGUCUUUUUCUGUGAUUCUGUGGUACUGGUGCUGAGGCAGAGUAUGGGCAAUGGGCCUAUAAAUGCUGGUUUUCAACUGAUCUCACCUAGGCUUCUUAAUGAUUUUGUGCCUUCUUUGGCUUUCUUUAAUGGUGCUGCUGCUUUCAAAGUUGGUUUUACUGCUCUUCCAACAGGAUUAUCAGCUGGUGUUCUUGCCCGUUUUGCUGGCCAUUCUGCUGUUUUGGGAGCUCCAGCUUUGCUUCAAUUUGUCUCUUCCAAUCAUCUUAUCUGUCAAUCCAUGCAUGAGAAUAAAGAACCAAGAUAG